AUGGCGAAUAACUCCAAGGAAGAGCCCAAGACCGGUCCUCAGCCCGAUCUCUGGUACAACCUAACCCUUGGUCCUUCCUUCAAAGACGACUCAUCCAACAAGUACUGCACUCUGCGAUACGAAUUUAAACCGGCGUCGAUUGACAAGACGAAGCCGGGGACGCUCAAGAAAACGAAGGAAAAUAGGGUUACGGUGGAAUUUCAAAACAACCAAUUGGGGAAACCGAAUGUGACCUUCAAGGGAAGCAGCGAGGACUACAAGGACAACGACGCCGUAUUGUUCUUCGACGGCCAGACGUUUCGGUUGGAGAGGCUUCACCGGGCCGUGAAGCAGCUCCGGCAUGAUCGGCAGCCCGGUGAAUCGGCUGCUGGUGCCGCUCAAUCGGGGUCCGCCGUGGAGCCGCAGCUGUCUCCGGUCAGCAAGGGCCCCAAGCCAAUACAUCAUCCUGGUAGAACUGCAUUCCCUGCUGUGCAGGUUGAGGUGGAACGAAUAGAUGUUGGAAUAGCUGGGAAUCCAGGUGCAAAAAGUGCCAAUAAAGGUGUGGCUGAUUACUCGUCUGAUCAACUGAACGUCUCUGCUGCCUCGCCAGACCCUAAGAAUGAGGAGGUCGAGGAACAUCAAGAUAUAGAUAUUGAAGAACUUUUUGGUAGUGUAUCGCCUGAAAACGGGAAUGCCGCGGAAGAUGGAGCUAAUGCUGGGUUUGAUAUCAGUAUGCGAAAUCAAAAUGAAAGUGAUAAUGAGAUUGCUGAUGUGGAUGAUAGUGGUGAUGAAGUUGAUAAGGGGCCAAAUGCCGCAGAAGCCCUUCGAGCCCAGGUGAACGCAGAGGGGAGGGAAAAGCAGACUUCUACUUCUGGUAGUAGCAGUGGAAGUGGGAGCAGCAGCAGUGGAAGUGGCAGUGGUAGCAGCAGCAGCAGCAGCGAUAAUGAAGGCAGUGAUGAUGAUUCAGUCAACUCUAUCUGA